UUUAGUAUUAUUUUAUUAAAAAAUCCAAGUAUUAAGAAAUUUAAAUUUGUAUUUUAAUUCGUAAUGAAAAAAUCAAAAUGCUUGACGGGUGUGUUAUGACAAAGAAAAUUUUUGUGUAUCCGGUAGUAGCGUGUGCAAUGUUGAUAUAUGUUUAUCUGGAAGUCACUUCGAGGCUGAGCAACAGUCCCAUUAUAAUACCAUAUAACAAUGAAAAAAUACCUACUAAAAUUCAAGCGAAGCUUGCAAAGAAGGACAUCGACUAUAUACUGCAUUUAAAAAAGGUAAUUAAUGACGCCAAUCGGAAACAGAGCACCGAAGAUGAUGAAAUGGAUUUGGAUUUUAGCUUCAUAAUAGUGAUACAAGUGUAUAGAGGACUAAAUAAUCUCAACCAUUUGGUGGAUGGUCUCAAGCAAGCCAAAGGUAUCGGUACCGCGUUGCUGUUAUUCUCUCAUAGCUUCUACAGCAAGGAUAUCAACCGAGUGGUGCGGAAUAUAAGCUUUGCGAGGGUCCUGCAAAUAUAUUACCCGUAUAGCGUACAGUUACAUCCUUUCGUGUUUCCCGGAUAUGAUCAGAAGACAUGCGACGAAGUCAUGAGUUGUCGCAAAUCAGAUAGGAAGGCUUUGGUGAUUCAACAUAAGCACCACUGGUGGUGGUCGGCCAGUUUUGUCUUUGACCGAGUAUUUGCUACAAGAAAUUACAACGGUACCAUACUUUUUCUUGAGGAAAAUCAAUAUGUUACUUCGGAUUUUAUAUACAUUUUCCGAAUUCUUGACGGAUUGUUGAGGUCAUCGAACCUACAUUGUGAUAUUAUAAGUCUGGGCAACGGUAAAUCAAAAUCAUCCAGCUACCGACUCAUUAACUCUUCAAUUCUUCUAAAACCUUGGGAUACAAAAGAAACACUCGGUAUCGCCUUUAACAAAGAUACUUGGAAGACAGUGAAAAAUUUAUCUGAGCACUUCUGUCGCUACAAUGACAACCGAUGGUCUAAAUCUCUAAUACAUUUGUCAACUAAGACAUCACUGGGGAAGUUUUACGCCUUAUCAAUAGAAGGUUCGAGAGUCUUCCGUUUAAAUAAAUGCAAGGACCACAAAACUUGCAAUGAAACCAAAAAUAAUGAAAUUCUCCUCAACUUCGUCCGCAAGAUUCGAAACAAACUGUUUCCCUUCAAAAUGCAUAUCGUGAAAAGCAACAGCGUUGAAGAAGUAGGGGAGGGCAAUGGCGGCUGGACCGAUGUGAGGGAUCAUGAACUAUGUCUUUUUAUUAGUAAUCUUAGAAAUGUAACUCCCUGACCUUUUUUAUUAUGAUUGUUUACUUAAAUAAUGCUAUUUAUUCAUAUUAUAAUUUAACUGUACUUUUACUCAGCAUAGUGUAGUGUGGACAAUGUAGAUCCGAAGUUCACCAGGGCCA